UCUCUCUUUCUCCAUAAGUAGCUGAAGCACAGAAGUCCCCAUCAUGGAUUUUCAGCAUCGUCCCGGAGGUAAAACUGGGAGCGGAGGCGUAGCCUCUGCCUCGGAAAGUAACCGAGACCGCAGGGAGAGGCUCCGGCAGCUGGCGUUGGAGACCAUCGACAUCAACAAGGACCCUUAUUUUAUGAAAAAUCACUUGGGCUCUUAUGAAUGCAAGCUUUGCCUCACGCUGCACAACAAUGAGGGAAGUUACUUAGCACAUACCCAGGGGAAGAAGCAUCAGACCAAUUUGGCCCGCCGAGCUGCGAAGGAAGCUAAGGAAGCCCCUGCCCAGCCCGCACCAGAAAAGGUCAAAGUGGAAGUGAAGAAAUUUGUGAAAAUUGGACGGCCGGGCUAUAAAGUGACAAAACAGAGAGACCCAGAAACAGGCCAGCAGAGCCUUCUCUUCCAGAUCGAUUAUCCGGAGAUCGCAGAAAGCAUCAUGCCUCGCCAUCGGUUCAUGUCCGCCUACGAGCAAAGGAUUGAGCCCCCUGACAGGCGCUGGCAAUACCUCUUGAUGGCAGCGGAGCCCUACGAAACCAUAGCUUUCAAGGUGCCAAGCAGAGAAAUCGACAAAGCAGAAGGAAAGUUUUGGACCCACUGGAACAGGGAAACCAAACAGGUAGCUGGAGCGCUGCAACAUCUUUUUAACGGCAUGACUCUGCCUCCCAUGCCUCCCUCGGGACCAGUGCCACCACCCCCGGUGCCACCGCAGCUGCCACCAGCACCCGGUGUGCCCCCUCCAGCUCCUCUGCCGCCCAUGAUGAGGCCACCGCUCCCCACGGAGGGGCCAGGCACCAUCCCUCCUCCGCCUCCCUCCAACUGA